CUUUCUUUUUUUUUUUUUUUUUUUUUUUAAAAAAAAACCAAUUCACCUAAGAGGGGAGUGGCGCCAUCAAAUUGGGGUGUUAGGGGAGUUUAAGAGGGGACUUGACAUGGCACACGGGGAUUGGUUUGACGUAAGAGAGGGGACUCACCUAUUAGGUGAGCACCCCCUUCACCCUAAGUAACUAACCUAACACACAAUUUUAUUAAUGUUUAGUCAACGUCUCUUUUAUUUAAUUAAAUCUUGCCGUUCUAAUUUUUUUUAUUUGACUUUUUUUUGGUCUCCUCUUUUCCUUUCCAUCCCUUUCUUAAUUAAUUUGAUUUACACUAACAAAAUAAAAGACUAUAAAUAAUAAAAGAAAACCAAUCAAAUAAGUUUUAACAAAUUACAAAAGUCAUAAUCAUUCAUAGGGUUUCUCCUUUCUGUUUGAACAUUUCACCCCAAAUUCAUCAUAUAACUUUCCGACAAAUAUUUUCAAACAAAAUCUAGAGAGAGAGAGAGAGAGUACGUGUUAAAGAACCUGAUGCGUGUAAUCAGGUUUCUUCAACUCCUCAUAAUAAUAAUAAUAACAACAAUGUUUUUCAAUUCAAAUACCCAUUAAUUUUCAUCUCAUUCAUAUCCAUAUUUUGAUCCCACUUCAUCUUUUACAAUCUGCAUUGUCAUAUUUGGAUAUAUUAUUAUUAUAUAACAUUUUUCGGGUUCGAAGAAAUCGAAGAUGGAGGUGGUGAAAUUGUUGUACAUAGUCGUUGAGGACGAUCAACAUGUCGCGUUUAGGUACACGCGGCAUGUUCUUCACAACACUUUGCAGUUGAUGGGUUGCAAACCUCGUCACGCCUUCAAGAUUAGUCAAAGGGUUUUUGAGAUCAUGAGAGCAGAAUGCUUAGGGGAAACUUUAGCUGCAAUGGGUGUAAUCAAAGCUGGAAAAGAGAAUAAUCAGUUAGAUGAGGAAGGAGGAAGCAUACCUUUUGAAUCAUACAAAAGACGAACCACGGUUGUCGUUAAACGGAGAAGAUUCAUAGAUGUUGUUUGUGAUGCUCUGGCUGAAUACAAGUAUGUUGGUCCUAAGCAGAGGGAUGAUUUGGUUUUAGCCUGCAGAAUUAGAGAACGGAAGGGAUCCGUGACAGUGCUGCUUUGCGGUACCAGUGGAUGCGGUAAAUCAACAUUAUCCGCUUUGCUGGCUAGCAGAUUAGGGAUCACAACAGUUGUAUCCACAGACUCCAUUAGACACAUGAUGCGUAGUUUCGUCGACGAGAAACAAAAUCCCCUACUCUGGUCUUCCACUUACCACGCAGGCGAGCAUCUAGAUCUAGUAGCCGUUUCCGAAGCCAAAGCCAAACGAAAAGCAAAGAAAUUCAAGAAUGGUUCGUUUGAUGCUUCAACGUCACUACCCCACGAGGGCUUGACCACCGUUGACCUGAUUAGCCCUAAGCAAAUGGCGGUCGAGGGCUUCAAGGCACAAAGCGAAAUGGUCAUCGAUAGUCUUGAUCGUCUCAUAACCGCAUGGGAAGAACGAAAAGAAUCAGUCGUCGUGGAGGGUGUUCACUUGAGCCUAAAUUUUGUGAUGGGAUUAAUGAAGAAACAUCCAUCAAUCAUACCAUUCAUGAUAUACAUCGCGAACGAGGACAAACACAUGGAAAGAUUUGCGGUUCGUGCAAAGUACAUGACGUUAGAUCCCGCUAAAAACAAAUACGUAAAGUACAUAAAAAACAUCCGAACAAUCCAAGAGUACCUUUGCAACCGAGCAGACAAACAUCUAGUCCCAAAAGUAAAUAACACAAACGUCGAUAGGAGUGUUGCUGCAAUACACGCCACGGUUUUCAGCUGUUUAAGAAGACGCGAGACUGGCGAGCAACUUUACGAUCCCGCAACUAACACGGUUUGUCUAGUCGAUGAAGAGUUUAGAAAUCAAUGUGUGGCGGAUUCGUUAAGCUCCAAGGGAAUGUUUCAACUGAUUCAACGACAAGGUUCUUCGAGGAAUUUAAUGGCGCUUUUGAAUGAUGAUGGGUCGGUUGCAAAAGCGUGGCCGGUGCAUUCUGUAGACGCUGAUGGGAAACCGAUUGUUGGGAAUCCGGAUUAUGGACCGUUGCAGAUUGGAAAAGCCGAACCGGUUAACCUCCAAUUUGGUAACUUUGGAAUUAGUGCUUGGCCGACUGACCUCGGGUGCACUAGCCAGGCUAGUAGCGUUGUCGAUGAGCCACGAGGCGAGCUUACUGAUAAUGGUAGUCGGUAUCAUUCGUCGUGUUGUAGUUCACCUAAGGCUUCUGAUGGACCUUCUAAAGAGUUGAAGGAGGAGCAAUCGGUGUACGAAAGCGAUGAAGAGGGAGAUGAUAAUCUUGAGGUGGAUAGCGAUGAGGAUCUUAGUGAUAACGCCAAAGAGCAUAUGCAUGAAGAGAUGGAAGGUUCGGUGGAUGAUGAGUCGACAAAAUCCGAUGAGGAAUACGAUGAUCUUGCAAUGCAGGAUAUUCAAGAAAAGGGUUACUUCACCGAUGACGAAUUCGACGAAAAGCGUAAUCUUGCUUCCCCGAAGAAUACUAACCACCAUGGCGACACGUACAGUCGAAAUCUAGACCGUUUCUUAAGAGCUAAACGCGAGCCAAACCCAGACCUGGUGCACGACAACCCGAGUGUCAUCAAAGAGAAGCGACUCGUGACAUCUGGAAACCUUAAAGUCAAAAGACGGUCUCAUAGCAUUUCAUGUUUCGGCAAAGGCGGGCCACUGAGCCCGACCCUUUUGAGGGUCGCUACUACAUUAUCGAUCGAUCAUCCUUAAGCUUUGGUUUUAUCGGUUGUCACGUUUGUUAACUCGAGACGUUAAGUGACUUUGUGUGUGAUGUUUCGUGAUUCGUCUAGCAAGUUGUUUAGUUUAGAUCGUUUA